AUGUGCCCGACAGAGGUUCCCACGCCCCUUCCAGCCAGGAGCCCGGAGCCGUGGGUGUCACACGUGGCCACCCCGGAUGAAUUUGAGCUGGUUGCUCUCGGCUCCCACCUGCCUGGAUGUGGUAUGGCUCUGAGACGGGACCACCUGGAACAGGGCAGGACUCAGGAGCCUCCUGAGCAUGGAGGCAGGUGCACACGGCUGAGACGGGCACGCUGCCCCCCCCCCCCCCAGCCCCGCAGGGCCGCCCUGGCCUCCUUCUCGCAGGUGGGGCGCUCCUCUGUGCCUCCACUCCUGUUCUCCGCGGGAUUGCGAGUGCUCACGCAUCCCCGACUCAGGCGGAGGGAUGGGGUCUUCCAGGAUGUCACAUUCCCUCCUGCCGGUUUCCCAGCUCUUUGA